CGAACGGAGCGGGCGGAGCGGGCGGGCCGGGGCGGAGCGGAGUCCUCCGCAGAGCAGCCCCUUCCGGCCGCGGCCGCCGACCCCGGCCCCCGGCCCCCGGCCCCGCCUGGCUCUAUGGACAGGAGCUCGCUGCUGCAGCUUAUCCAGGAGCAGGAGGAUGGGCAGGGCAGAAAUGAGGCGGGGAGGCCCCUAAGAGCUGUAGGAGCUGAAGGCCUGGGACCCAGGCACUGGUGUCCUGGCGGCUCCGGGGACUAUGUGGGUACAGAGGUCUGGUCUCAGGGUGCUUGGAGCCUGCCUCUCCCAGCUGGCCUGACCCACCCUCAAGCCUUGGCCGGCGCCCCCCCACCCCCACCCCAGCAGCUGGACCCUGAGAACACAGGUUUCAUCGGUGCGGACACCUUCACUGGCCUGGUGCACAGCCAUGAGCUGCCUCUGGACCCAGCCAAGCUGGACAUGCUGGUGGCCUUGGCCCAGAGCAACGAGCGGGGCCAGGUCUGCUACCAGGAGCUGGUGGACCUGAUCAGCAGUAAACGCUCAAGCAGCUUUAAGCGGGCCAUCGCCAACGGACAGAGGGCCCUGCCCCGGGACGGGCUGCCGGAUGAGCCAGGCCUGGGUGUCUACAAGCGGUUUGUGCGCUACGUCGCCUACGAGAUCCUGCCCCGGGAGGUGGACCGCCACUGGUACUUCUACCGGCACCGCAGCUGCCCACCCCCCGUGUUUAUGGCCUCGGUCACCCUUGCCCAGAUCAUCGUGUUCCUGUGCUACGGGGCCCGUCUCAACAAAUGGGUGCUGCAGACCUACCACCCUGAGUACAUGAAGAGCCCCCUCGUGUACCAUCCCGGCCACCGUGCUCGAGCCUGGCGCUUCCUCACCUACAUGUUCAUGCACGUUGGCCUGGAGCAGCUGGGGUUCAACGCGCUCCUGCAGCUGAUGAUCGGGGUGCCCUUGGAGAUGGUGCACGGUCUGCUCCGCAUCAGCCUGCUCUACCUGGCCGGUGUGCUGGCAGGCUCCCUGACUGUCUCCAUUACCGACAUGCGGGCCCCUGCGGUGGGGGGCUCCGGUGGGGUCUACGCCUUGUGCUCGGCACACCUGGCCAACGUCGUCAUGAACUGGGCCGGGAUGAGGUGUCCCUACAAGCUGCUGAGGAUGGUGCUGGCCUUGGUGUGCAUGAGCUCCGAGGUGGGCCGGGCCGUGUGGCUCCGCUUUUCCCCACCACUGCCUGCCUCAGGCCCACAGCCCAGCUUCAUGGCACACCUGGCAGGUGCAGUGGUCGGGGUCAGCAUGGGUCUGACCAUCCUGCGCAGCUAUGAGGAGCGACUUCGGGACCAGUGCGGCUGGUGGGUGGUGCUGCUUGCCUACGGCACUUUCCUGCUCUUUGCCAUCUUCUGGAACGUCUUCGCCUAUGACCUGCUAGGCGCCCACAUCCCCCCCCCACCCUGAUGGGCUCCUCAGGGCCACACAGGCCAGGGUGCGGGCGUGUGUGGGCCGGCCACCGGGCGAGCCCGCGUGUCCGUCCUCUGUGAAUGUACAUCUCAAGACUGCUUGUCCUCCGUGGGGACUGGUGGGUCCUGUAGCCCAUGGUGUCCAGGCCAAGCCUUACAUCAGCCCUGGCCACCCCCUCCCAGGCCUGGGGAGGUAGGACUGCCUAGCCAGGCAGUGGAGGUCCCCAAGUGUGGCCCUGGAGGAGACCCUGCCCCAGCCUCCCCAUCACGAUUUGCGGUCUGAGCCUUUUUGGAAAACGAAUAAAUAUUUUACACAGCACCA